AUGGAGAUGAAGAAGUAUGGUCCCCUCAUAAUUUUGUACUUUAUUGUUGAUGUAUUAUUCACGUUCCUCGCCAUAGCUUUUUUCAAUAACGGCUUCCAUUUCGACAUAGAUACCAUCUUGAAAUACUUGUUUUUCUAUGACGGCUACAAUUUCCUCACAAAUCCGUUCGAGUUUUUCAUCCUUUGUGCGAUUCGGUUGUUUCUAGUGGCUUUAGCUCUCCUUUUGAUAGCUUUCCAUCGCGAGAACGUGGUCAAAAACAUGUUCAUGCCGGUUCUCGGCUAUUCCGUAUUUUGCUAUUCUUUCUCUCUUGUCAAAUUGUUAGCAAUUUCUGAGCAUCCCGAGUUGUUGACUUUUUCUGGCUUGUGGUUCACUCUUGUUUGGUGCAUUUUGUCGUCUGCUUUGCUGGCCUUCCUCUGGUAUGUUGUUCUGUCUUCACAUCCGGUCAACUAUCAAAGACUCGUUUCUCUUGAUUCUACAAGAGAACGUCAUGAUACGACGACGAGCAGUGCAGAAUCCGAAGCCGAACAAGGUAAAAUCAGAAGAAAAAAAAGAGUUCCUCAUUUUUUAGAUUUAGUUAGGAAAUUACAAUUUUUUCAUUUAGAGAAUCAAUUUUUUCCUGAAAAAAUUGCUUUGUCCUCUCGGAAGUCGCUGAAAGACUAGUUCGGAAGGUUGUAAACAAAAUUUUAGCUGAUUCAAAAAUUUUGCACCGGGUGUUAAAAAAUGUUUCAGUUUAAUUUUUAUUUUAUUUUUUUUUUAGGCUUUAGCAUAGGAAAAGUAUUACUCUUGUCGGUAUAGACUUUUCGCAGAAGCCUGUCUCAUGUUUGGAAAAUAUUUAUUUGGCUCAAAGUUGCAAAAGACAAGUUUUAAGGAAGUCUGCCAGAAGGGGAACGACUCUCUACAUUCGAGCACAUUUGCCGGCUCUUGCGUUACUGUCGCCAGCAAUGGCCGUGGUUCGUCUCCGGUUUCGUUUUCCUUCUGAUUUACGCCUUCGGUAAGGAAUUUCCAGCAGGAUAUCUAUAAUCCCUUUUAUAUUCUCAGCACGAGUUUUCAUUCCAAGUUUCACGGGCAGAGUUAUCUCCGACAUUGUGAACUUGCGUGGUUUCGAGGUCCUGUUCAGAUCCGUCGCCAUCAUGACUGCUUUGAGCUUGACAAGGUUCUUUUUCAUCCAAUAGAAAAGCUUCAAUUCGAACCUCAACUCUUUUUCAGAAAAAAAAAAUUUUCAAUUUGAAAGUUUAAUCUGAGAAUGCGUCCUAUAGAGAGGGAAAAAAGUGUAGGAGCCGUUUUUGAAUUCCAAAACAGUGGUGUGAGCGGCAGGAAAGCUAUAAAUAGCUGCUCAAAAUGACUUUUUGAUAAUAAACUGUCAGCCCAACCUUACAUGAGUUAUAUUUUCUCUCAGUACCCUGUUCGGAGGACUGCGAGGCGGCUGCUUCGACUACGCGACGGCGUUGGUCAGCCGACAGAUUCGGAUGGACCUUUUCUCCUCGCUCGUCAACCAGGACAUCGCCUUCUUCGACGUCAACAAAUCCGGAGAAAUGGUCUCCCGGUUGACGUCCGAUUGCCAGACGAUUUCUUCCACCGUCUCCACCAACCUGAACGUUUUCCUGAGGAAUGGCGUCAUGUUGGUCGGCGCCUUGGUCUACAUGUUCUUCAUGUCCUGGAGACUGGCCAUGGUGAGAAUUCGAUCACAUAUAUCGAAGGGGCCGAUUUAAGUAAUUACCGUUGAACGUGGCUUAAAAGGGAGCCGCGUUUUCAACAUUCAAAGUGUUCCUUUUGAGGUUGAUAGAGAGAUAUUUUUUUCAAAUGCUUUUCUUCCUUUUAAUGAAUAACGGAGCCUUUUUGCGAUUCAGUGGAUGGAAAAAAAAACGUUCGAAGGACGCUCGACUGAGAGAAGUUUUCUAAAAAUUGAUAGGAUGAGCUCGCCGACGGGAAAAAAACCAUACUUGCUGUGGAUUUUUUGAAAAAAAAUGUCGUUAAAAGUUUUUUUCUUAAUGAAAUAGAGAAAAAGAGUAGACAUGCUGAAAUUUGUACAAUUCCACAGCAAACAAGAAUGGUUCUUUCUUUCCAAGCUGAAAGAUUUAUAUUCAUGAUGGUUUUUAAAACGAUUUCAAAGUUAUCAGUACAGUUGUUUCAUAAUUUUUGUUAAUUGAUUUCAAUUUUUUGCGUUAUUUACCAAAUGCAGCUUUUAUUCAAAAAAUGCGUUUCCAGGUCACAUUUAUUGCCGUGCCGUUCAUUGGUUUCAUCACAAAGUGGUAUGGAACCUAUUACGAUGUAAGAACGGAUCUUUUGAUUUCCUACCGGAAUUUGAACCUCAGAAAAUUUCCGAGAAAAUGCAAGACACCAUUGCCAAGGCGAAUCAAAUGGCCGAAGAGGUUUUGUCAACGAUGAGGACUGUUCGGUUGGUUUUUUUUCUCAUCAUUUUCAUUAUGAAGACAAUUUUUUUCUCGUGAUUUUUCAAAAAGAAAUUCACAAAGAAAGAAUAUUCAGAUCGUUCGCUUCUGAGAAAAGAGAGGCCAAACGGUUUGAGAAACACCUCAACUCUACGCUCCACGUCAAUAAGAAAAGGUAGGUUUCAACUGAUAAUUAAAAAGGUUUGAGUUGAAUUGAAUGAAAAAAAUCAAUUAUGUCCUUGAAGAUUAUGAGAAUACGGCGAAGUGGCGGGACGCGUAGCGUGUGCGUACGCGGUUCUUGGCAAGAGUUCAAUUCAAUUACCGGAGACUAUUUGAAGAGCUCGUUUCAUGUCUUUUUUUUAAACUCUUCAUUGCUUUUUUUCUAAAAAUAGUGGAAUAGACACAAAAAGCAGUGACCGAGGUUUCUAAACAAUCGCUGGCGUUUGAAUUUAACUCGUGUCAAGAACCGCGUACUCGCACGCUAGGCGUCCCGCCUACUUAUCCGCCUCCCUCGCCUUUCAAGUCGGGAGGGAAUGGCUAUAUACCUGUAUUUUCUCACUUGAAGGUCCAUCGCUUACAUGGGCUACACUUGGACCAACGAAUUUUUCGACAACGCCCUUCUCGUUGGAGUUCUUUUCUACGGUGGACAUUUGGUCAUGACAAGUUUGCGUCUUCCAAAAUAGUUCCAAAAAACAGUUCUCAACAGAUAAAAUGACUGGAGAUCAGUUCAUCACCUUCCUUCUAUACCAAAUGCAACUCGGAGAAAAUCUAUACGUAUAAAUUUUUUUGUCAAAUAAUGAUUAUUCAUUGAUUUUCAGAGUUUGUCCUAUGUUUUCAGUGGAUUGAUGGAGUCGGUUGGAGCAUCCAGAAAAGUAGUUCCUCUGAAAUUUCUAAAGAAAAUUAAUAUUUUUCAGGUCUUUGAGUACAUGAACAGGAAACCGGGCUUCGAAAUGAACGGAAAGAUGCGGCCCGAUGUUAAUGGAGCCAUUUCUUUCGAAAAUGUCGAGUUCACCUACCCAUCCAGGCCUAAGAACCCAGUUUUGAAGGUUUCGAAGUGUUCCAUACUCAAUAAAAAAAAGAAGUUUCCAGGAUCUCACCUUGAAAAUUGGAGCUGGAGAAACGGUGGCUUUAGUUGGACCCAGUGGCGGCGGAAAAUCUUCCAUCGUUUCUCUCAUCGAGCACUUCUAUGAACCACAAAGUGGCAAUAUUUCCCUAGAUGGCAUUCCGAUAAAAGAUAUCGCACAUAUCUAUUAUCAUCAGAAGGUACGUUUCAAUUGAAAAGAUAAUCGAGUUAAAAACCGGAUCGAAGUUUGAAAAAUGUGUCAAAACUGUAGUGCAAACUUUUUCUUCCGAGUAAGACGUUACUGAAAUGUGAAGAUCGACAUUAUUUUUUUUUUAAUUUUUAUUUAAAAAGUUAUCUCGUGAAAAGUUAUUUUUUAUUUUUGAUUUCCUCAUUCAAAAAAGUAUAUAAAAUAUGAAGAAUACUGGAAUUGAUAACUUGCGGAGAAAAAAGGACCUAAAAUAAAAUAGAAUUUUUUCUGAGUUUUACGAGAACAGUUGGUCGUUUUUUUUCGUGUUCUUGUUCUGUUUUUGAAUUAAAUCUUUUCUCAGUAAAAAUCGUAUUUUUCUUAGUAUUUUCUUUCCGAAAUCAGAAAACGUAAAAAAAAAUUCAAUCAAGAACUUUUUAUCAGUUGGUGAUAAUAUACCAUCAAAAGUUCUAGAUCGCCUUGGUCGCCCAAGAACCGGUCUUAUACGACGGAUCGGUGAGAUACAACAUCUUGUACGGAUGCGACUGGGCGACGGAAGACGACAUGUUGACGGCCGCCAAAACGGCCAACGUCCACGAGUUUGUGAUGGAGCUCGAGAAGGGAUACGACACAAACUGUGGAGAAAAAGGCGUCCAAAUGUCGGGUGCGCCUCGGAGAACGAAAUUGGUCCUCAUCUGAUGAGCUUUUUCAGGAGGUCAGAAGCAAAGGAUCGCCAUCGCCAGGGCUUUGGUUAGAAAUCCUUCGGUUUUGAUUUUGGACGAAGCGACGAGUGCCCUGGACGCCGAAUCCGAGGCUUUGGUCCAGCAGGCUCUGACCAGGUCAUUUUUUUGAACUUUUUGUCUCGUCCGAGAUUCAAUCCGACGCCCGUCAGCCCUGGAUAAGCUGGGCGCCGUACUGUUCCUAAAUAAUUUGAAUUGCAUAAAAUCGAGAAAAUAAAUUUCAGCAAAACAAUGUAUGUUGUGUUUAACUUUGAAAGAGCGUGCACAGCUGCAUACGCAUGGGUUUCAGUCGCUUUUUUCACUGAUUCCACGUCGUCAGUUCCAAAAAAUAUGUUUCAGAUGUGCGAAGGAGCGAACGGUUCUGAUCAUUGCCCAUAGGCUUUCUACAAUCGAAAAAGCUGACCGGAUUGCCGUCAUUUAUAAAGGAUCACUCGUUCAGGUAUAGUUUAAAGUCUGUUUCAAGCUAGAUAGUCAAGCUUUGAAGGCAGAGAAAAAAAGAAAACUAACGUAAAAAGCUUUUUUUGAAAUUUUCUGUACAAAACUGAAAAAAGCCUCCGAAAGACGCAGAACGGGCUAAACAACAAAACUUGAUUUUUGGUUCCGUUUAAGAAAAAAAAAAUUUUAAUCUCAAAAGUAGUUUUUUUUUUUUGUGAAAAUUACUCCCAUCGUAAUGAAUUAACGGAUUGAAUUAUAAUUUCAAAUUGAGUCUAAAUAUUCUUUUCGCAAAUGAUAAAAACAAGUUCUUAGUGAAAAAUGACAUUGAAGUUUGAGGUCCAAUUUUUUUAAGUCUAGGAACUGUUUCAAUUUUUCACAAACACUCGAAUUUUCUCACAUUGCGGAACGUUUUCAGACAGGAAAUCAUACGGAGCUGAUGAAAGACACGGCCGGUCUCUACCACUCUUUGGUCGCGCGUCAAAUGCUCUCAUUUCAAAUGGGAGAGACCAGCGAAGCCUAA